UUGCUCUUAAAAUAUUGCUAUUGAGAAAAAUCAAAAAGCAGGCAGGAAUAUCCAAAUUAUAAUCACUCACUCAGUCUCCACUUGAUAAUAUUCUCCUUCGAUUCAUCAUAUAUAUAUAUAUAUAUAUAUAUAUAUAUAUAUAGAGAGAGAGAGAGAGAGAUAUUAUCCAUAGUUUUUGUAAUUUAUCUUGAUUGAGUUGACAAUCUGAGGCGGAGUAAUUGGAGUGGUGGGGGAGGAGAAAGAUCGAAGAUGCGAGGACGAUGUGGAAGGAGACUAGAGAGCGAGAGUUCGGGAACAUUCGCCCUAAUUUGUUCAGCAGUCGCAUUUCUAAGUCUAGGGUUUCGUCCAUUCGGCUCUCCAAUUACAAGGAAAUCGUCUCAUCUCACCGCGGCUCAGUUAACUCUCUUCAGGUUGAUUUGACUGAGGGGCGAUAUCUGCUAGCUGGUGCAUCAGAUGCAACAGUUGCAGUUUAUGAUAUUGAGCGUGCAACAGACUAUGAUGGGGGUGGCUUGAUUGCAAAGCAUAAGUCAUUGUUUGUCAUCAACAAGCAACAUGAGCACGGCCAUAAAUAUGCCAUAUCCUCAGCCAUCUGGUAUCCAAUUGACACAGGGUUGUUUGUCACUGGUUCAUAUGAUCAUCAUAUUAAUGUUUGGGACACAAAUACCACACACGUGGUAAUGAAUUUUAAAAUGCCUGGAAAGGUUUAUAGAACUGCGAUGUCUUCAAUAGCAAGAUCUCACAUGUUAAUUGCUGCUGGAACUGAAGAUGUUCAAGUUCGAUUGUGUGAUAUUGCCUCUGGUGCAUUUGCUCACACUCUGUCUGGUCAUCGUGAUGGUGUCAUGUCAUUGGAGUGGUCUACUUCUAGUGAGUAUGUUCUGGUAACUGGAGGAUGUGAUGGAGCGAUACGUUUUUGGGACAUCAGGAGGGCUGGAUCUUUUUGUGUCUUAGAUCAAUCACGCUCUCAGAUUGGAAGACGUCCACCUCUCCUUGUUCGACCAAUGACAAAUAAGAAAUCUUCAUCAACAGCCCAAAGUUCUUCAGCAAAAGUCCGAGCACCUCAAAAGAAAUUAGCUAACGGCAAUGCUCUAAAGCCCCAUGCUGUUUGUAGGAUUUCUAGUCAAGUGAAAACUGCAAAGCAGAGAUUGCAUCCUGGAAUGUUAUCAAGUCAUGAUCGUGCCACAGGCCAUUAUGGUGUUGUAACUGGAUUAAAGGUGACUGAAGAUGGCAUGUAUCUUCUAAGUGCAGGUUCUGAUUCAAGGUUGAGACUAUGGGAUGUAGAAUCUGGGUGCAAUACACUGGUAAACUUUGAAACUACACGUCUCCAAAGUAGCAAGGCUAUACAGAUGGCAGUGUCCCAGGAUUCAUCUCUUGCUUUUGUUCCAUGCAUGACCACUGCAAAAGCCUUUGAUAUUUGGUCUGGCCAAACAAAGUGCACCUUUCGUGGCCACUACGAAAAUGUCAACUGUUGUUGGUACGAUGCGCUAAAUCAGGAAUUAUACACUGGUGGUAAUGAUAGGCAAAUUCUUGUAUGGUCUCCCUCAAAAUCCAUUUCUGAUGAAGUGGACGAGUGGAAGAAAGAGCAGGCUGCAACGAUUGAUCAGGAUAACUGGAGUGAUUGAGGUUCAAUUAUUUCUUCCGUUUCCUCGUUUUUUUCUACAUGUACAUAGUACUGUACAACCCAGAUACAACCUCGCAUGCGCAUACAUCGUCAUCUUUUGGAAGAAUGAAUUGGAUUUGAUGGAUCCUAUUAGACUUGAUUACACUAUUUAAAAUAAACUUUCAUUUGAUUAGACCGGGCUAGGAGUUUAUCACUAUUUGCCAUUCAGAAAAUUAAUUUAGCCAUCUGUAGCUUUAUUUUUGGUUCACCAACUAAAUGGGAUGAUUGCGUA